CCGGUGCACGGAACGCUCCACGUGGGGCAGGUGGUGGCGGACCGGCGAGCGAGGCUACCACAGGACCGGCGAGAUGGACACGGUCGGCACCGCUGCUCUGCUGCUAAUGUGGACUGCACUGGGACAAGUGCGUUGUCAGCAGCAGCGGUUCCGUGUCCGUCCGUCCAACGUGAGCGUGGUGGAAGGAGACAGCGCCAUCUUACGGUGUGAAGUGCAACACCAAGUCGGACAACUGCAGUGGGCCAAGGAUGGAUUCGCUCUCGGCUAUUCUCGACAACUUCCGGGUCACUCGAGAUACCGAAUGCUGGGUGACCCGGGGUCAGGAGUGCAUGACCUGGAGGUCACCAACGUGACCCUGGAGGACGACGGUCGGUUCCAGUGUCAGGUGUCGCCGAACCGGGGACAAGACGCCAUCCGAGCCGACGCCAUACUCACCGUUCUAGUGAAGCCGCGACUGGUCCAGCUGAGUUGCGGGCAGAGCUCGCCGACGGCGCCCGAGGGCAGCUGCGAGGUCAAGGAGGGCGAUCAGCUGACUCUGGCCUGUGACGUCAUCGGGGCACGGCCGGCUCCGAGCGUCCGCUGGCAGCGGGAGGGCGAGGACAUCCACCCCAGACAAGAAGUUUCGUAUUCUGGCUGGGGUCACCCGGGCCGUAACGACACGACCUCUGUGGUGACCCUGCGACCCACGGCAGCCGACGACGGAGCCGGCAUCUCUUGUGUGGCCCAGCACCCGGCCAUAGCGCCCGAGGACCGGCAAAAACUGAACGCCACCGUGCGACUCUCAGUACUUCACCCUCCGGGCGCCCCGGAGAUCAGCGGCUACACGGAGGGAGAGGUGGUCAGUAUCGGUCAGCAGAAGACGCUCACGUGCAUCUCCAGAGGCGGAAACCCGCCCGCCCAGCUCGUCUGGCUCAAGAACGGACGGCCGAUCGCCUUCAAGUAUCGAAAAAUGACUCGCCGGGUUUUAGCCCAAUUUACAUUCACGGUGACCCAGGCUGACCUGAGCACCAUCUACCGGUGCGAAGCGUCUUCCAUAGUUCAGCCUCAGCCGACGGUAGCGCUGGCACAGAUGAACGUCCAAUUCGGUCCAGAGCGAGUCACCGUGUCAGGAACACAGGAGGCCAGAGGUGGAGAUACAGUGCACAUGUCCUGUAUCACCUCCAGCAGUAACCCGCCUGCCAACAUCACCUGGGUCAUCAACGGCAGGACCAUGAUGAACACCACGCAGAAGAUUGAGCACAUCGCCGACCUGGGCUGGGUGUCUCGCUCGAACGUGACGGCGGUGGUGCCGGACGGCAUGGAGGAGGACAUGGUGUUCUCCUGCUACGCCGUCAACUCUGCACUGCCGCUGACCAAGCUCAGCACCGCCACUGUCCGUGUCCUCUACCCUCCGGAGCCGCCGACGAUUCUGGGCUACGAGUCGGGCUCCCACCUGCGGGCCGGAGAGCGGGUGUCUCUCUCGUGCGUCUCGCAGGGCGGCAACCCGCCGGCCACGCUCACCUGGUACCGGGGCGACACGGAGCUGGCCUCGAGCACAGAGGUGCGCGACAGCGUGGCCAGGAGCGUGGUCACGUUCCAGGUGGACCACGCCGACAACGGACGCGACUACACCUGCCGUAGUACAAAUUCGGGCAUCAGUGGCUUUCAGUCGAGCAGCGUCACGCUCAACGUACACUUCCCUCCGUCGAGCCUGAAGCUGGAGGUGCGUCCGGACGUGUUGCGGGCGGGCAGUCAGGCUCUGUUGACCUGCGAGUCGAGACCGUCGUACCCGGCGGCCGAGCUGACCUGGUGGCGAGACAACGUCCAGGUCACCGACGGGGUCACCGCCCUGGAGACAUUCAAAGCCGGCAGCAAGGGCGGGUUAUCCAGUCGUCUGCAGCUGCGGCUUAAUUUGACCUGGAUGGAAGACGGAGCCGUAUUUGGCUGUCGGUCAAACGCUUCCUCUCUGCCCGGUGGACUGAUUGAAGAGACGAAACUGAAUGUCCUCCAUCCGCCUAUUUUCUCCAAGCCCGUGUACGAGAUCGACAUCCGCUCGGGCGAAUCACGAGUGGAAAACCUGACGGCGCUAGCGAACCCAGCCAGCGUGCGGUACUCAUGGGAGCGGGAGGGUGCCGCAGUGCCGCGGGACCGAUGGCAGGCGAGGGAUGACGGGUCGUGGCGGCCGGAUGGAGGUCCUCUGCUGACACUGAACGGCGCCCGCCGCUCCCACACCGGCUGGUACCGCCUGACCGCCGGCAACGGCGAGGGCAACACCACCGUCCGGGUGCACGUCAACGUCCUCUAUCCUCCGGAGGUGGAGUCCAUCUCCAACAUAUCGAUGGUCUACCCUGGAGAAGACGGGGUUAUCCGGUGCUCCGUGAACGCCAACCCCAUGGAGGACUACAUGAUAUCCUGGCACCGAGAGGGCUUCAACCUGGCCUCGGACCGGGUGAGCACGUUCACGAGGAACGGCACCUCCUACCUAACGGUCCACAAUGCCACCAAGGAGGACAUCGGCGAGUUCCUGUGUCGGGCCGACAACGGAGUCGGACAGGCCACCGCCACCGCCGCCCUGCUCGUCAAACGUAAGUGA